CGGAAAGAUCGCACCUUGGCGGAGUUUAUGCUUAUGUUGGAUGAGUAUGAGCCCCUGAUCCCGAACGAGGUCACGGAUUACUACCUUCAACGGGUCGGAUUCGAGACUGAGGACGUUCGAUUAAAACGGCUACUCUCACUUGCUGCUCAAAAAUUUAUAUCCGACAUUGCCUCCGAUGCAUUCCAGCACGCUCGUGUGCGAACGAAUGCGACGCCAUCAGGUAGACAGAAAGCUCCAGAGAAGUCACAGAGUGGUGCAUCUGGUGCAGGUGGAGCUUCGGGUUCGUCGAGUUUAGCAAAGGACAAGUCCAGAACGGUACUUACUAUGGACGAUCUGGGCUCCGCUUUGGCAGAGUAUGGGAUCAAUGCCCGCAAGCCGGAGUUCUUCCUAUAACUCGAUGGUCCCUUUAACUUAUUCUCAUCGC